CGCGGGAAUCUGAAACUUAAGUACAAAAUGGCAAAAAGAAUCCGUCAAGCCCAGGUUACUUUAUUUGAGCUAGGUGCUUUGGAUGAAGCUUUACAUUAUGGGCCGUAUUCCCGUUUUUGGUGGAAAACAAAUAAGGUUUUUGACAAUAAAGAUAUAACAUACUUUCCUAUUCAUAUUGGACAAAAAACGAAAGUUAUUCUUAAUGAUUGCAAGUUUAUUAUUACUAUAGCAGUUGGUUAUUCUAACAAUCCCUAUCUUCCUGGUUAUAAUUGUCAAAGUGAUACCCUUUACACUGAAACUCCAGUUCACGAUCCUAGUACUGCAAUUUCUUCAAUUUAUACUCGUAUUUUCAAUACUAAAACCCAUUAUUCGGGUCCGCUUAUUAUAGGAUGGACAGAUCGUGAUAUUGUUUCGCAACUAUUAGCUGACGUUCCUUUUUUUCCUUUUUUUUUUAAUUUGGGCCAACUUAAGAUUUUUGUUUUUGGGAUUGGGUCAUCUUCUCAAGAAGAUUGGAGUAAAGGCGGUUCAGAGGAUGAUAUAUGUAAGGUCAAAGUUUAUCAAGAUUCACAAUUAAAGAAGUCGGUAGAGGAAAUAUCCCCGAAUGAUGUUUGGGAAAAUUUUAGUAUUAAUAAAUACAAUGGCAUCCAACUUUUUGGUUUUGACUAUGUUAUUACUCAACGAUUAAUAAAACAACACCGAAUUCCUACUUGUACACCAAAUCAAUGGGAAGAUUUUUCUUUUAUCAAAACUCUAUAUGAUUAUUAUGUAAAACGAAGAACACUUUCUAAUAUUAGCUGGUACAAUCUUUUUAUUACUUGGUUAGCGCAAGAAAGUAAUAUCAUUAAGCUAAAUUCUGCGCUUAUUCCGCUAUAUCCAAAAGACUAUCAGUUUA